AUGUCUUUGUCUAAUGGGACCGGGACCGGGACCGGGAAUGAUGUUGCCAACAACGAUGGCAACGUCCCCGUCCCCGUCACCCGCAUCUUCGCCGACUUCGUGGCCAAUGUGCAGCCCGCCGCCCUGACUGCGCAGGUGCGAGACCGGCUGAAAGAGUUCCUGCUCGACUUCAUCGGGGUCACGCUCGCGGCCAGCCAGACGUCAGACUCGACCGAACCCAUCUGCCGGGCGGUGCGGGCGCUGGGCGGCCAGACAGACACGGACACAAAGAACAGCUCCAGCUGCACGGUGCUGGGCAAGGGGCGAGGCUGGACGCCGGCGUACGCGGGCCUGUUGAACGCCGCGCUCGGCCACUCGCUGGACUUUGACGACACGUACGCGCCGGGCACGCUGCAUGCGGGCGUGACGGCGUUCGGGGCGGGCUUGAGCCAGGCGGAAGUGCUGAGCCACAGCGACAUCGACACCGACAUUGACAUCGACCGUUUCCUGCUCGCCGUCGCCGUCGGCUACGAAAUCACAUGCCGGCUGGGCCGCGAGCUGGGCAACGAAGCGUACGCGCGCGGGUUCCACAACACGUCGACGGCGGGCAUCUUCGGCGCGGUGGCCACCAUCGCCGUGCUCAAGCGGCUGCCGGCGGCGACGGUGGCAGACGCCUUCGGGCUCGCCGGGUCCAAGGCGGCCGGGUCGAUGCAGUACCUGGCCAACGGCAGCUGGAACAAACGACUGCACCCGGGGUUCGCGGUGCACGACGCCUUUGUGUGCGUGGCCCUGGCCGAGGCCGGCGUGGUCGGCGCCGCCAGCAUCCUCGAGGACGCCAAGUUCGGCUUCCUGCACGCCUACAGCCCCAAGCAAGACAAAGACCUGCACUAUCUGGUCGCCGAUCUGGCCGUGCGCUGGGAGUUCCUUGAGACCUCGCUGAAACCCUUUCCGGCCUGUCGCAUGACCCACGGGUUCAUCGAGCACGCGGCCAAGUUGGGGCGGGACCGGGACAGCGACAGAAGCCAGAGUCUGGGCCCUCCCCAAGUCAAAAGAAUCACUCUGUCCCUGAGCCCCAACAACCUCCUCGUCGUCGGCGCCCCCACCCCUAACAAGAUCCACCCGGAGAACAUGGUCGACGCCCAGUUCUCGGCCUACUUCACCACGGCCAACAGUUUCCUGUACGGCUCGGACAACGGCGUGCGGUGCUACGAGCCCGACCGGCUUCGCGACCCGGCCAUCCGCGCCCUCGCCGACAAGAUCGUCUGCGUCGCCGACCCGUCCAUCAAGCAGUUCGGCUCCAAGAUCCGCGUCGAAUACGCCGACGGCCACGGCGACCCGGUCGAGGUCGACAUCCCCUAUCCGCUGGGCGAGGCUCAGCAUCCCUUCACCAGGGACCAGGUCGACGCCAAGUUCUUCAGUCUGGUCAAUCCCGUGCUAGGGGAGGAGCGCGCCCGUAGGAUCAAGAGUGUGGUCGAUGACAUUGAGAAAUAUACCGUUGUCGAGUUGUUGGGAUUGUUGUAUUAG